AGAACAGCGUCGCGCAUGUACGUUUCAUUAUUUUUUUUGUUGUUCAUCGUUUCUCAACGCAAAUGUUUUAUAUUUCGUUUUUUUAUUUUAAAUUCUGUUUUAAAACGUGCUUGCGCAAAAAUACUGUGAAUUUUGAUUGAACUGUUUUGUGAGCGAGAAAAAGAAACAGACAGUGGCUUAAAAUUGAACUUCACGCACAAUAGAAAUUGGCCGAAAGAGACUAAGUGCAACAAUACAUAAUACACUGAACGUUUUUUUUUAUUUGUUUUUGUUUAGAAAGAGUAAAAUUCAUUGAACUGCAACAAACAACUAUAAUAGUGUCAAUAUAACUCAGAAAAAAGUGUUAAUUGUGAAUACAUAUAAAUGUUUUACGAAAUAAAGUGUAAAAUUAUGUCCAUAUAAUUGUGCAAAACAGUGCUAAAACAUAAACAAAGAUAGAGAAAGAGCACGCGAAAAAAGUCAAACGAUUCGAAGAAGAAGAAGAAGAGGGAAAAAAGUAUUUCGAAGAAAAGUCGAAGGAAAAAAAGAGAGAUAAAUAAAACAAAAAGAAGAAGAAGAAGAAUAAUAGUGUCUUUGCGCUUGUUGUCGGCAAAGUAUAAAAGUGAUCGAAGGGUUUUCAAAGUCACACUGAAUGGAAAACAAAAAUAUGUGCAAUGGCUUUGUUGAAGAAUUGUGGUAAUGGCUCAUAAACAAACAGCCAUAAAUGUGUUGAACUGUAACGAAGCAGCUACAAAAGGUGAAUUAUGACGCUCAGAACUUCGUGGUUGAGUGUCAGUAUGCUUCGUUUAAUGCGACAACAACGACUGUCGUUGUCGUCCAUUGCGACAAUGUUAUUGUUGCUGUUAAUGAUUUGUAUGGAAAUUAGCACAAUAAAUGCACACGGACCUGGACCAGGAACGUAUAGCAGUUUUAUUUAUCCACGGCGACGAUCGUCGGCCGAUGGUUUUUCAUCGCAAAUGCAAUCGCGUGCCGUUGAUACGCGUGUACCGCUUGAAAUUUUAGAAAAUGAACCGCGCGGCACGGUUGUCGGUUAUAUACCAACAAAAAUUGGUUUUACAUAUCGAUUUAAUGAACCGCCGCGUGAAUUUACGCUCGAUCCAAAUACGGGCGAAAUAAAAACAAAUAUACCAUUGGAUCGGGAACAACGUGAAAGAUACGAUUUAGUGGUAUUAUCAAGUCAACCAACAUAUCCAAUUGAAGUACGGAUUAAUGUACUCGAUGCUAACGAUAAUUAUCCCGAAUUUCCCGAGCCAAGCAUUGCCGUUUCAUUUUCGGAAAAUGCACAGUCGGGAACACGACUACUAUUGGAUGCCGCAACCGAUAAAGAUAUUGGCAUCAAUAGUGUUACAGAUGACUAUCGCAUUGUGAGUGGAAAUCAUGAUGAUAAAUUCCGUUUGGCCGUUACAACAAAUCCAAGCGGUGACAUAUCAUAUUUACAUUUGGAAACAACGGGAAAACUAGAUCGUGAAACACGAGGUUUCUAUUUUUUGAAUAUAUCAGCCAGAGAUGGUGGUAAACCAUCACCAAAACUUGGAUACGUUCAAGUGAAUGUGACAAUAUUGGAUGUGAACGAUUCACCACCAAUUUUCGAUCACAGUGAUUAUAUUGUUUCGUUAAACGAAAGCGUACCACCGGGAACACCAGUACUUCAGGUGAUGGCAUCCGAUAAUGAUUUGGGUGAUAAUGCAAAAUUAACAUAUUAUUUAUCCGAAACUGAAACACAAUUCACCGUCGAUCCAGAGACUGGUGUUAUUUUAACGACAGAACACUUAUCAUGUCCACAGCAACAGGCAACAUGUUCGACGACAGCCAAGCCCGGUGCCAGUUGUCCGAAAAGUUGUGUAUUUACUGUGUUCGCACGCGAUCAUGGUUCACCACGUCAAGAUGGACGAACUUAUGUCACUGUUAACCUACUCGAUACAAAUGAUCACGAUCCAGUUAUACGAUUUCAAUACUUUCCAUUGACCGGAACAUUUGCCACGGUCGAUGAGAAUGCAUCGAAUGGCAGUGUUGUUGCUGCCAUUUAUGUUGUUGACAUGGAUGAAGGUUUAAAUGGUGAUACGAAUAUUAAAAUCAUCUCCGGAAAUGAAAGGCAACACUUUCGAUUGGAAAAUACACCAAGCUUUGAUAUUGUACGAGUGAAUGGUAUUUUGGAUCGUGAAGAGAUCAGCACGUACAAUUUGACAAUUAUUGCAACUGACAAAGGUACACCACCACGAACAGCAACGGCAAACUUAAUAAUUCACGUAAAUGAUGUUAACGAUGCUUAUCCAGUUUUUGAGAAAUCCGAAUAUUCGGCCGUUUUAAGUGAAUUGGCACCGAUUGGCACGUAUGUGGUUAGCAUAGAGGCAACCGAUGAAGAUACCGGCGUAAAUGCACAAAUUUUCUACGACUUUGUAUCGGGUAAUGCGCGUCAAUGGUUCAAAAUUGAUCCGAUUUCUGGAUUGGUUACAACAAAAGCAAAAUUGGAUCGUGAACUUCAAGGUACUGUCGUUUUAAAUGUAUCAGCCCGUGAUGGUGGACCAAAUCCAAAAUACUCAUAUGCCGAAUUGAAAGUGAUUGUUUUAGAUGAAAAUGAUGGUGCACCACAAUUUUCGCAAAAUCAAAUAAAUGUAACGCUCAGCGAAAAUACACCGCCAAAUACAUUGGUAGCAAUGCUUACUGCAACGGAUAAUGAUCAAGGAACGAAUGGCAGUGUAACCUAUUCACUUCAAUCUGGCGUCAAUCAAAAGUAUCCAAAUGUGUUUGCACUUGAUACAAUGACCGGUCAAUUGACUACCAAAUUGAAAUUGGACCGAGAAGUAAUUGCAUUUUAUGAAAUUCAAAUCGUGGCACGAGAUCAAGGCAUACCACCGCAAUCAGCAACAGCUACUGUUUUGCUUACCGUUGAAGAUGUUAACGAUAAUCGACCGGAAUUUUAUCCAAAACAAUAUUUCGUACCGAUUUCCGAAAAUACAGCCACCGAUACACCAAUUGUUAAAGUGAUUGCAAAUGAUCGCGACGCCGGCGACAAUGCUGUUAUAACAUAUAAUUUAGAAAGUGGCGGCGAUGGUUUAUUCACAAUUGACUCAUGGACCGGUGAGAUUUCGUUGCGUUCGAAUUUCCGUUCAUCGCAGAAACCGUUGCAUCGUUUGGUGAUUUCAGCAAAAGAUCGUGAUAAUAUGCGUUCCGAAGAUGCAAUCGUUGAAAUUAUAAAGGAUAGCAAAAUGGAAGAGCUUGAAUUCGAUUCGUAUGCCGGCUAUGAAUUUCAAAUAACCGAAGAUUUUGGCCAAACAAAUGCGAAAAUCGGCCGUGAAAUUGGAAAAGCACAAAUCAGCGGACAGAAUAAAAAUCGAAUUGAAUAUGCUAUUGUUUAUGGUGAUCCAAAUGGUAACUUUGAAAUUGAUAAACACACUGGAACUAUACGAACGGCAAAGUUAAUCGAUCGCGAAGCGACUUUAUUUUAUACAUUGAGUGUUGCGGCACGGGCUGGUUUAGCAUAUGGAAAAACAAUGGUAAACAUUUCGGUGUUGGACUUAAAUGAUAGUCCACCAGUUUUUAUGAAGGAAUAUGAUGAAAUUAAAUUGCCAGAAAAUGCAGCCGUCGGACAAGAAGUGUAUUUAUCACGAGCACGCGACAAAGAUUCGGGAAUAAAUAGCCGAAUCACAUACAGUUUGACUUAUAAUCCAGAGGAUCAAUUCCGAAUUUCCGAAUCAACUGGUGUUUUAUAUUUAAAUCGACCGAUUCGCGCCGAUCCCGAAACAGUUAUCACAAUUGAAAUUACAGCAAAAGACGGCGGACAAACUUCACUCUCGUCAAAGUGUACGAUUAAUAUUCGGAUUGAAGACACAAACGAUCAUACACCAGUUUUUGAUCAUACUUCUUAUGAAACGUCUCUGGUUGAAUCGACACGAGUAAAUACAAGAUUCUUUGCAUUGGCUGCAUCCGAUGCGGAUUUAGGUGCAAAUGGUCGAAUUAGCUACAAAAUCAUCGAAGGAAAUACAGAUAAUAACUUUGGCAUCUUUCCCGAUGGAUAUGUGUACGUGAAGAAGGCAUUAGAUCGUGAAGAACAUGAUUACUAUUCAUUGACAGUAUUGUGUAGUGAUAGUGGUGUACCAUCACGUAGCUCAGCCGUUCCGGUGACUAUUCAUGUAAUCGAUGAAAAUGACAAUGCACCACAAUUCACUAAUUCAACAUUUACAUUUAGCAUCACCGAAAAUGAACCGAUCGAUUCAUUUGUUGGCAAAUUAACGGCCAUUGAUCUUGAUAUUGGUCGAAAUGCUGAAUUGAUUUAUACAUUGUCAAGCACACAAAAUGAUUUCACGGUCGAUCCACGAAAUGGUUUUAUUAAAACGGCACGCGAAUUUGAUCGUGAGGCAUUGGUUCAAUCGACCGGUCAAAAUUUUAUAUCGCUCGAGGCAACGGUCAGCGACAAUGGAAUGAUUCGACUCAAAGAUACGGUGAAAAUAAAGAUUUUCAUUUUGGAUUUGAAUGAUAAUGAGCCGAAAUUUUUGCGAACACCAUACAAAGUGCAGAUUUCCGAAGGUGCACCGAUUGGAACGCAAUUGAUUCGAAUUUAUACGGUGGACAUCGAUGAAGGUUUAAAUGGUGAUGUAUUUUAUUACAUUUCUGAUGGUAAUCAAGAUGGUCGUUUCACCAUUGAUAGUUCAACCGGUCAAGUGACACUCGCUAAAACAUUAGAUCGCGAAACAGAAUCAUCGUAUAAACUAACGGUUAUUGCACACGAUGCCGCAUUACGGAAUCGCUUGAGCUCAAACACAACGAUCACAUUGGAAGUUUUAGAUGAAAAUGAUAAUGAGCCAAUUUUCACACAAACCGAUACCCAAAUUUCGGUUAAUGAAACAACAUCAGUUGGCAUGGAAUUGAUUCGUUUCCGUGCUACCGAUUCAGAUUUGGGCAUAAAUAGUCAAAUCUCAUUUUCAAUAUCAGCUGGCAAUCGACGUGAUACAUUUCACAUCGACUCGAUUUCUGGUAAAUUGUAUCUGCAUCGGCCACUUGAUUAUGAAGAGACCACAUCGUAUACAUUAAAUAUAACGGCAACAGAUGGUGGCAAUCCAAGAUUGCAAACAACAAUUCAAUUCAAUGUAAUGGUAAUCGAUGAAAAUGAUAAUCGACCAAGUUUUCCAAGCACCGCAAUCGUUCGACAAAUCAAAGAAGGAAUACCGAUUAAAACGCCAAUUGUGACCGUCACCGCGGAGGAUCCUGAUUCUGGUGUUAAUGGCAAAGUAAUUUACACGCUAAUCAAUCAAGAGCCAAGCAAUAAUAAUCGUCAUUUUAGCAUCAAUCCAAACACCGGCGUUAUUUUCACAUUGCGUGAAAUCGAUCGCGAAACCAUUGACACAUUUAAAUUAACAAUUGUGGCAACGGAUCAAGCAAUACCCGAAUCGAAACGAUUGUCAGCCGAAAAAAUUUGCACCGUUAUUGUUGAAGACAUUAAUGAUUCGGUGCCAAUGUUUGUAUCGAUGAACGCAGCAAUUUUACCACAAACUAAACUACGAUCAUCACGAAAUGGUGCAGUCAUAAUGAAUGUAUUCGCACGUGAUGCUGAUUCAGGCACAAAUGGACUGGUGACAUAUGAAAUGGUUGGCGGAAAUAGCGAUCUGUUUCGUUUGCAUCGCAGCACCGGCGCAAUAACACUACAAAAAUCACUCGACAAAGAUAAUACCGAAUUAAAAUACCAGCUGGCGGUUAAAGCAACCGACGAAGCUGUACAAAGUGAACGAAAAAGUUCUGAUGCCUAUGUGACAUUGAUUACCGUUGGCGAUAGUUCAACGAAUGGACCGAUUUUUGAAAAUAAUGAUAUAUUUGCAAGUGUUUAUGAAAAUGAACCGAUUGGAACGAGCAUUACGACGGUGGUGGCUCGUUUGAACAAUAUUGAUAUUGAAUAUUUUGUAACAAAUGUGACUGGUGAUGGUCGACAAGUCGAUCGUUUAUUUGACAUUGAUCAAAAAUUGGGUAUUUUAUCAACGGCAGCCGAAUUGGAUCGUGAAGCCGGCGUUGAUGUUUACGAAAUUGAAAUCUAUGCAAUUGCAUUGGACGGAACACCGAGAACUGCAAGCACCAAGGUCAAGCUAAACGUGCUCGAUAAGAACGAUAGUCCGCCUGUGUUUCGUGAUGAACCGAUUGUGUUUACCGUUUCGGAAGAUUUGAGUCCUGGCCAUUCAGUGGGUGUAAUUAAAGCCACCGAUCCCGAUACAAUUGGUUCAUUGAGCUUUGCAUUGAUUGGUGGUGAUGACAAAAAAUUUACACUCGAUAAAAACACCGGCAUUCUCAAGCUCAUUGACACAUUAGAUCGCGAAACAAAAGAAGUGUAUAAAUUGAAUGUACGGGUUAGCGAUGGCGUUCAAAAUACUGAUACUAUUGUUUCAGUUCAGGUAACGGACACCAAUGACAAUCCACCGACGUUUGCUGAGCCGGCAUAUUCGUUUGAUAUACCGGAAAAUGCUCCACGUGGCUAUCAAGUUGGUAUUAUAAAUGCAAUUGAUCCGGACGUUGGAAACAAUGCCGUCGUAUCAUAUACGGUGAUCUCGGAUUGGGGUAAUGACGUGUUCUCGUUGAAUCCACAAACCGGAGUCUUUACAUUGACAGCUCGUUUGGAUUACGAAGAGGUACAACAUUAUAUUCUUGUCGUACAAGCACAAGACAAUGGCCAUCCGAGUUUAUCAACAACAAUCACCGUUUAUUGCAAUGUACUCGAUUUGAACGAUAAUGCACCGAUUUUCGAUCCGAUGAGCUACUCCAAUGAAAUCUACGAAAAUAUUCCAAUCGGAAAAGACGUUGUUACAGUUAGUGCCACAGAUAUUGAUUCAGGAAAUAACGGUCGCAUCGAAUACAGCAUUACGGCCGGUGAUGAAAACAAUGAUUUUACCAUUCUAUCGAAUGGUACAAUUCGAACGCAACACGCACUCGAUCGAGAAACAAUACCAAUGUACAAUUUAGUGGUGACUGCACGUGACUGUGCCAAAGAACCGGAGAAAAGACUCUCGUCAACCGUUCAGGUUACAAUUCAAUUAAAAGACGUGAAUGAUAUGUCGCCAGAGUUUAUAACAUCGAAUGAAACGAGCGUAACGGAGAACAUUCCGCUAAAUACGGUUGUGAUGGCUAUCAAAGCGGUCGAUAAAGAUGAAGGUCGUAAUGGAUAUAUUGAAUAUUCGUUAGCCUCUGAACCAUUUGUACCGUUUACAUUGGGAUCGGUUGAUGGUCUAUUGCGCAUUUCAGGACGAUUGGACCGUGAAGUGCGCUCAUCGUACAAACUUAAAGUGACAGCCAGAGAUCGUGGUGAACCAUCACGAUCAACACAAACCGAAAUUACAGUUAAAGUACUUGACGAAAAUGACAAUAGCCCCGUAUUUGAUCCAAGACAAUAUAGUGCCGCCGUGGCCGAGAAUGCGAGCAUCGGUGCCAUGGUUUUACAGGUUUCGGCGACUGAUAUCGAUGAAGGUGCAAAUGGUCGUGUUCGAUUUUCCGUAACGGCCGGUGAUGACAAUCGCGAUUUCAGUAUCAGUGAAGAUUCGGGAAUUGUACGUGUUGCGAAAAAUUUGAAUUAUGAACGAAAAUCACGUUAUGUGCUGACUAUUCGGGCUGAAGAUUGUGCCAGUGAUAUUGGUGAUGAAGAAUCACGAUUCGACACAACUGAAUUAACCAUUUCGAUAACGGAUAUCAAUGAUUCAACGCCAACAUUUUUGGAUUCACCAUAUUUGGCACAUGUGAUGGAAAAUGUAAUUCCACCAAAUGGCGGCUAUGUGAUUACGGUGAAAGCAUACGAUGCCGAUACACCGCCAUUCAAUUCACAAGUGAGAUACUUUCUGAAGGAAGGCGAUGCCGAUCUGUUUCGAAUAAAUGCAUCAACCGGCGAAAUAUCGUUGUUACGUGCACUCGACCGUGAACUGCAAUCCGAAUACACGCUGACUUUGGUUGCAAUGGAUACUGGUUCUCCUCCACUAACUGGAACCGGAACGGUUAAAGUCAUCGUCGAAGAUAUGAAUGAUCAGGCACCUGCAUUCACUCGUCAAAAUUAUCAUGCAACGAUAAAAGAAAAUCUGCCAAUCGGUACAAAAGUAUUGCAGCCGCAAGCAAGAGACAAAGAUGUUGGUUUGAAUGCGAAAAUUCGCUUCAGUUUGUUGGGUGAAAAUGUGGGCAGUUUUCGUAUUGAUCCAGACACCGGUGAAAUAACCACAGCAUCAAUUUUAGAUCGUGAAACUGUCAAUGUUUAUUACAUGACACUAAUGGCACAAGACAGCUCACCCACAGAGCCAAAAGCAACAGCUGUAAAUUUAACGAUCGUCGUUUCCGAUGAAAAUGACAAUAGUCCAACAUUCAAACAGAGUUCAUUUAACGUCAACGUACCCGAUUUAAUUGAAGCCGGCCAAUUUGUAUUCGGUGCACAUGCCAUUGAUAUCGAUGAAGGUUUAAAUAGUCGUAUUUUAUAUGCGAUCAGUGGAAAAGAUGCAACAAAAUUCACAAUUGACAAUAGCACCGGUGUCAUUCGUACAAUUGACGAUCUAUCAAAUGGUCAUGGCAUCGAUAAAGUGUACAGUCUCAUCGUUUGGGCAAGUGAUCAAGGUGAAAAUAGUAAAACAACGAGCGCUGAAUUGACAAUUUUAUUGCGACCAGCACGUUUAUUUCCAACAUUUUCAUAUUUGGCUCAAGCACAAUUCACAUUACCUGAAGAUAUUGCCGAAGGAAAAAUUAUUACAAAAAUUCAAGCAAAUUCACCGAAGAAAGGACCGAAUGGAGCCAUAAAAUAUGCAAUUGCUGGCGGUAACGUGUAUGAUGCAUUGAAAAUUGAUGCAAAUUCUGGUGAACUUGCCAUCGACAAAGCCGGCUUGGACUAUGAAAAAUCACAAAUCUAUGAAGUUUGGGUUGAAGCGGCCGAUAAUGAUCGACCAAGUCUACGAAGUGUGGUCAAAUUAAUUUUGAAUGUCACCGAUGCAAAUGAUAAUUCACCGAUUAUGGAUCAUUUGAUUUACCAUGCCGAAGUGUUGGAAGAAGAGACGCCCCCAGUUCUGGUGAGCAAAGUAUCGGCCAAUGAUGCUGAUUCGGGUGAUAAUGGUGUCAUCACAUAUCGUUUGACUACAGAUUUUGAUGGUUCAUUCGAAAUUGAUGCAGAUUCUGGUGAAAUUUUCACUACCAUGAAAUUAGACCGAGAAGAUAUCGCAAACUACGAGAUUCUUGUUGAAGCCAUCGAUCAAGGUGUACCACAACGUACGGGCAGUGCAACGGUUUUGGUAUCUGUUUUGGAUAAAAAUGAUAAUCCACCACGAUUUUCACGAUUGUUCAGCGUAAAUGUAACGGAAAAUGCCGAAAUUGGUACGUUUGUCAUAAAAGUAACGUCAUCCGAUUUGGACAGUGGUGAAAAUGCGAAUGCCACAUACAGUUUCACAGAAAAUCCAGGCAAUAAGUUUUCAAUCGAUCCAAUUUCGGGCAAUGUUACAGUAACCGAACAUCUUGAUCGUGAACAACAAGAUGAAUAUGUUUUGAAAGUAGCUGCAUUUGAUGGGGCGUGGCGUGCCGAAACCGCACUGACAAUCACAAUUCAAGAUCAAAACGAUAACGCACCAGAAUUCGAACACAGCUAUUACAGUUUCAAUUUCCUUGAAUUGCAAGGAAGUGUUUCGCUUGUUGGUCAAGUGAUUGCAACGGAUCGCGAUAAACAAGGACCAAAUUCGAUAAUUUCAUACUCAUUGCAACAACCUUCGGACAUAUUUAGCAUUGAUCCAGCUACCGGCGAAUUAUUCAGUAAACAAACACUUCGUUAUCGUCAUUCACAUAUGAUUCUAUCACCGGAAAAUAUGUACUCAUUGACAGUGCUCGCUAUUGAUAAUGGAAAACCACCAAUGUAUUCCGAGUGUUUGGUGAACAUAAAUGUCGUUGAUUCGAACAAUAAUGCACCGAAAUUCGAGCAAAAGAAAUACCUAUCGCCGGCACCAAGUGAUGCCGAAAUUGGACAAAAGGUUGUACAAGUGAUUGCAAAAGAUGAACUUGACUUUGGAAUCAAUGCCGAAAUUGAUUAUCUCAUCGUUGGUGGAAAUGGUGCUGGCAACUUUACCAUCGAUAAAACCAAUGGUUGGAUCUCGGUUGCAGAGCGUUUAGCGAAUGAACCCGGAAAGAAGUAUAAAUUGAUUGUACGCGCUGUUGAUCGUGGUGUACCUGCACAACAGGAUGAGACUGAAGUAACGAUCGUCAUUACGGGCGAAAAUCUUUACAAUCCCGUUUUUACAGCAUUGAGCUAUCAAGUUAUUGUACCAGAAAAUGAACCAAUUGGUUCGCCCAUUUUAACAGUAACCGCAUCAGAUAAUGACGAUGGACCAAAUGGAAUGGUUCGAUACACAAUUUCUGGUGGCAAUGAGCGUAAAGAAUUUGCCGUUGAUCCAAUUAGUGGAAUAAUUACAAUUCUUCAACCUUUGGAUUAUGAUUUAAUUCAAGAAUAUCAUUUGAAUAUCACAGCACAAGAUUUGGGAUUCAAGCCAAAAGAUGGUACCGCCUUGUUGACGGUUACAUUAACUGAUAUCAACGAUCAUCCGCCGGUAUUCAAUCAAAGUGUGUAUCAUGCAUACUUGGCCGAAAAUGCACCAAUCAAUAGUUUCAUCUUUAAGGCAACUGCAACUGACAAGGACUCUCCACGAAAUGCCAUCAUUCGGUAUUCGAUUAUAAAUGGAAUGAAUUCGGAACUAUUCAAUAUUUCACCGACAAGUGGUGAGAUAACAUCACGCGUUAGUUUCGAUUUUGAAGAGGAAAAUGAAUUUCAACUUACAAUCAAAGCAAGCAAUCCCGAUUCACCGAUGUCGAGCACAGCAAAUGUUAUUGUUCACAUAACUGGUGUGAAUGAAUUUUAUCCAACAUUUUUGCAACCCGUUUUCCACUUUGACGUUUCGGAAUCGGCCGAAAUCGGAACAAAUGUUGGCAUUAUUCAAGCCACCGACAAAGAUGCUGGCGACGAUGGCAAAGUUUACUAUUUAUUGGUUGGUUCUAGCAACGAUAAAGGAUUUAGCAUUCAUAGUGAUACUGGCGUUAUUCGCGUUUCACGUAAUUUGGAUCGCGAAACACAAAGUCGAGUUGUUUUGACUGUGAUGGCCAAGAAUUUCGGUGGCAUUCAUGGAAAUGACACUGACGAAGCUCAGGUCAUUAUUUCCAUUCAAGAUGGUAACGAUCCACCUGAAUUCUUACAAAAUAAAUACGAAGCAAGUGUUGAAGAAGACGCUGCACUUGGUACAAAAAUCAUUGCAGUUAAAGCCGUUGACAAAGAUGUUCGGGCACAGAAUAAUCAAUUCAGCUACUCGAUUAUUGGCGGCAACACGAAUCAAUCAUUCAAAGUUGAUCCUCAAACCGGUUUCAUUGAAACGGCUCGCAUUUUGGAUAGAGAAACCAUUUCUGAAUAUAGUGUUUUGAUUGGAGCCAUUGACACUGGUCUACCACCACAAACUGGAACAGCCACCGUUUUGAUUUCAGUUUCAGACAUUAACGACAACGGCCCUAUAUUCGAUGCAGAAGAAAAGAUUGGAUACAUUUCUGAAAACGAGCCAAUUGGAGCGACAAUUAUGACAUUGUCCGCAAGAGAUCCGGAUUUGCCACCGAAUGGGGCACCAUUCUCAUAUUACUUGGUCGGCGGGCGUCACAAAUCCUUUGUAUCAAUUGAUAAAACAACUGGUGUUAUGCGAACAACACGAACGAUUGAUCGUGAAUCAACGCCACAACUCGAUAUCAUUGUUGAUGUUGAAGAUGGCGGAAAACCGAAAAUGCGUUCACAGCAUCAAAUCACCGUAAAUGUCAUCGAUCAAAAUGAUAUGCCAUCAAUGUCGCGUAGUGCACGUGUGCUGGUCUAUGCAUUCAAUCAUCAAAUUCCAAUUGGUAAAAUUGCCGAUGUGAAACCAAAUGAUUUGGACACAACCGGCGAUUACAGUUGUAAAAUACUAAAAGAGCGUGCUAUACCAAAUGGACUGAGCAUUCCAAGUGGAUGUGAAUUGCACACAACGACAACAACAUCAAUUCGUAGUUAUGCGUAUUCAAUAUCGGGCAACGAUGGUACACAUGCCGAUGUGAUUUCAUCAUUUAAUGUGGAGUUUGCAUUCUUUGACAAUCAAACGGUUGAAAAUUCCAUAACAAUUCAUGUGCAAAAUAUGACCGCUGAACAUUUCUUGUUUGCAUUCUAUCAAAAUUUCUUGGAUUUGGUGAAAUCAUCACUCGACUCCGGUGACGAUGUUCUUUUGUACAGUUUACGCAAUCGAAAUGAGAGCUUAGAUUUGACGAUGGCUGUUAAGAAUGUUGCAACUGGAUAUCAAACACCAGCCUAUAUCAUCGAAAAAUUGAGCAAAAAGUAUGAGGCAUUAAAGCAAUUGCUUCAAAUUCAACAGAUUAUUAUUGGUUUUUCGCCGUGCAAUGAUCAAGCGUGUGAUAAUGGUGGCAUUUGCAGUGAACAAAUUCAAGUUUACAAAGAUAUUGAAACGGUUGACAGUCAGAAUAUGAUUUUCACGUCACCAUUGGUCAAUCAUGAUUUCACUUGUAAAUGUUCCGACAGUUACACUGGCCAAAAAUGUGACAAACGUCAAGAUCCAUGUUUACCGAAUCCAUGCGAAUCAGGUGCACAGUGUCGACGACAAGGAUACGACUUUCAAUGUAUAUGCCCAUCACAUCGUGAAGGAAAGCGUUGUCAUUUGGAUAAAGGAGACGUUUGCAGUAGCAGCUCAUGCAAGAACGGUGGCUCAUGCCGUGAAAGUCCAGACGGUUCGUCGUUCUUCUGUUUAUGCAGACCGGGCUAUCGUGGAAAUCAAUGCGAAACCAUAUCGGAUUCAUGCCGACCGAAUCCAUGUCUACAUGGCAGUCAGUGUAUCAGCCUGAAACCCGGAUACAAAUGCAGUUGCCCAGACGGUCGGUAUGGACGACAUUGUGAACGUGCCACAUUUGGAUUCAAAGAACUUUCGUACAUGUCAUUCCCAUCGUUGGAUGCAGCAACAAAUGAUAUUUCCGUCAUUUUUGCCACGACGAAACCAAAUGCAUUGCUCAUGUAUAAUUAUGGUGUACAAAGCGGUGGCCGGUCUGAUUUCAUUGCCAUGGAAAUCGUUCAGGGUAAAGCAAUGUUCUCUUUUGGUGGUUCACGCACAGCAAUUACUUCGGUGAUUACAAGUAAUGCCGAAGGAAAUAUCGCAAAUGGACAAUGGCAUAAGGUUACAGCAACGAGAAAUGGACGUGUUAUGUCAUUGAGUGUGGCCAAAUGUACGGACUAUGGAGAUUCGUGCGAUGAAUGUCGACCUGGUGAUUCAUCAUGUUAUUCGGAUGAUAUUGGACCGACUGGAACUCUGAACUUCAAUAAACAUCCUCUCUAUAUCGGCGGCUUAACAUCGGCCGAUCCGGUACUCGAACGACCGGGUCAAAUUCAUUCCGACGACUUCAUCGGUUGUAUGCAUAGCGUCUCCAUCAAUGGUCGAGCAUUGAACUUGAGCAGUCCAAUCAAAUCGAAAGGAAUUCUUCCGACUUGCAAUCGAAAAUCUGGUUCAUGUUCGCAAGCAUUGCCACAAAAUCCAACAUUAACUCGAUGUGGUUCAUUCUCGGAUUGUUCCGAUCGUUUUCACUAUUCAAUGUGCCGAUGUGGUGGUAACUUACUCUCUCCGGACUGCUAUAAUUCGCUUGAUUCAAUAUCGCUUGGUGACGGUGGCUUCGUCGAAUUCAUCAUAUCCGAAAAACAUCGCCGUAUGCAAUUACUCGAGAACUUUUAUUUCGGCAUGAAUUCAUGGCCAACCAUUGAUUAUGCAAAACGAAGCAAACGAUCACAAUUGCCAACAAACACAACAUUCACAUCAGACGAUGGUUUUGAUGUGCCAAAAUCGAUGAGCAUGCUAUUCCGAACUCUUCGUCCAAACGGAUUGAUUUUCUACACAGCGACCAACAAACAUUAUACGUCCGUUGAACUGCGAAACGGUAAAAUUGUCUACCAAUCAAAGCAAUCAUAUCCUGUAAAUAUGACGAUAAAUAAUUUGGAAAGUUUAUCCGAUGGAAAAUGGCAUAAUGUAACAUUGUAUUCGUAUAAUCGUGCAUUGGCAAUUUAUAUCGAUGGUAAACGUGUUGGAGAUGAAUUGGAUGCACCAAAUGUACACGAUUUCCUCGAUCCAUAUUUGACAACGUUAUCGAUUGGAAGUGCAAGACGUGAACUGUUUCCCAAAGACAGUGUUCCACUAAGUUUUGAAGGUUGUUUUGCCAAUUUCACCAUCAACAAUGAAAUUCAACCGUUCAAUGGGUCGGGCAGUGUGUUCAAAGAAAUUCUCUCACACGGACGAGUUUAUCAAGGUUGUCAUAGCAUCGCUGGAAUUGGAGCGGCUCAAACAACAGAUCCAUUGAGCAUUGGAAUUACGCUUGUGAUCAUUUUCUUUGUGAUUUUACUUGUGGCCAUUUUUGCAUCGUUUGUUGUAUUUCGCUUGCGAAAACAAUACAAAGAGAAGACAGGUGGUCCCGGUUCAAUUCAAAACAAACAUUCAGCUGGUUCGACGUUGUUGGCUGGCAGUGGUUUGGGUUCAUCAACCAGCGAUUGUGUCAUAAGUCGUGGUUUGCAUUCGCCGGACGCAUCGGUUGGUUUCCAUGGUGAAAAUGCCGAUAUUAUUCGGCCACAUCACAUGGUUGGGCCCGAAUUGAUUUCGAAAAAGUACAAAGAACGUGAUAUUACGAACGAACAUCAACGUCCACAACGACCGGACAUAAUUGAACGGGAGGUGGUCAGUAAGAGUCCAUUACGUGAUGACCAUUCAAUGCCAAUGCCAAAUCAACAUCAUGCGCACGAUCAUCCGGGUGGUGUUGAUUUAAGUGAAAGUGGUUUCCCUGAACAUUACGAUUUGGAAAAUGCCAGUUCGAUUGCACCAUCCGACAUUGAUGUGGUUUAUCAUUAUAAAGGUUAUCGUGAAGCGGGACCGAUACGAAAAUACAAAGCAACACCACCGCCGGUUUCAUCAUAUACACAUCACAAACAUACGCCAAGCGCACCACAACAACAGCAUCGACAUUCACCGCAUCAUGCAAGCCCAUUUCCACGCAUUCCGCCACAAACUAGUCAAACACAAUCAACAAAUGGCAUUCGUCAACAUCAAAGCACACCAUUGGCACGAUUAUCACCAAGUUCAGAGCUCAGUUCGCAGCGACCGCGCAUUUUAACGUUGCACGAUAUUUCGGGUAAACCGCUUCAAAGUGCUUUGCUUGCAACGACAUCGAGUUCAGGUGGCGUUGGAAAGGAUGCAUUGCACAGUAACAGCGAACGAAGUUUAAAUAGCCCUGUGAUGUCACAGCUCUCUGGUCAAAGUUCAAGCGCAAGUCGAACGAAACAAGCACCACCACAGCCAAAGAUGAAAGCCGUCAGUCCACCGAUGGGCCUGACAGCCGAGGAAAUUCAACGUUUGAAUGUUCGACCAAGAACAUCAAGUUUAGUAUCAACGCUGAGCAGUGAAGUUCCACGAGCGGGUGGUUCACAUCAUCUUAGCCAUUUGCAUACAAAUGUUGAUGCACAAAGCUCCACGUCAACGGAUGAAAGUGAUGCCAAUGAUAGUUUCACAUGCUCUGAAAUUGAGUAUGACGAUCUAAACAGACACAUGAUCGAUUCAAAUCGUGAAAUUCAAAUACUCGAUUCAGAUCGUCAAAUCAUUGAUUCGGAUCGAGAGAAUGAACGUGCCGAUAUGGCAAAUAAACCACCUCCAUUACCACCACCAACAUACGAUGGCUUUGAUUCAUCGUUUCGUGGGUCGCUCAGCACUUUGGUUGCUUCCGAUGACGAACUCUCCAACCACAUAAGCAACAUGUAUCGUCCACAAAAUGCUGCUUCGCCUUCAACACUCGGAUGGGACUAUCUACUGAAUUGGGGCCUAAAUUUUGAAAAGUUAAUGGGCGUUUUCAACGACAUCGCUGAACUACCGAACUCCGUGAACGGAAGCAUUGUACCACGACAUAUGCCAAACAAUGUACAAAAUCCAUCUGAAGAAUAUGUAUAGAGAAAUGUAAAAAAAACGAUCGAAUGAAACAGAAAAUGGAAUGAAUUUCAUUUAAAAAAACACUUGCAAAUAUGAAUUAUUUUCAUUCGAUGACGAUCGACUGACAAAAUAAAUAUUGCCAACGGUAUGGCGCGCUAAAGUAAUACACCUUGUAUCAAGAUGUUUUAAGAAUUUGAAAGAAUGUAAUUUUUACAGGAAGCAAAAAAAAAAACGUUUGGAACUUUUUCUUAUGAAAAAUAUGAAAACAAAACUAUUGUGUCGAUAAUUUAAAAUUGUGCUAUAUAGUGCUAUAUUUUCGAAAAUCCUAAUAUGUUGCCCAAUUGUUAAUAAUAGCCGUACGAAAUUAGCAGCUAACUUACAUAUAGGAUACGUAAACUAGUAUGUUAAAAUGAUAGGAAAAUGGAUUUCUUUUUAUGUAAAGCGUCUCUUGCCAUAUGGUUUUAUACGUUUUAAGCAAACUAUUAACACACGAACAAAUGAAAUGAAAAUAAAAUUGUUUCUGUUCGGAUAUAAUUUCAACCACUAAUUUUACGUAGUACUCUUGACUAUUAAUGAAGACUGUAUUUUCCCCAUGUAAAUAAAAACUCAACUCAUUUAGUGCAAACGUACAUUUUUAAUGAGAGAUGAAAAAAAAACAUAGAUAGUUCAAAUAGUUUAAAAGUCAAUUUGUUUCAUGAUCACAAUCGAU